AUUUCUCAGAUUUUGUGCUUCUCAAUGCCGCCGCCUCCUUCGAGCCCGGCGGUUGGCAGCGGCACGUCGGACGCGUUCUCUGGCCUCGCCUUCCGGCUGAAGAAGCGAUUGCAGAAGCAAUAUCGCGAGUUUCUACUGCAGCACGGCCAGCCUACCGGACUUGCUUAUGUGCUGGUCGCGGCAAUCAUGGUGCUCAUUCUGUUUGUCGUCAUCACGUCGUUCACUUCGCCGCGCGGAAUGGACGAUUUCCGAGACAUGCACAAACCGACCGAGCGCAGGAUCUCGAUUAUCGUACCAACGUACAAGGAAGCAGAAAACUUGCCACCGCUCGCAGAACGAGUGUUUGCCGCUUGCGCCAAAUCCAAUCUGGACGCAGAGUUGAUUGUGGUCGACGACAAUUCGCAAGACGGCUCUGUUGAAGCUGUCGAAACUCUUGCUAAAACAUACAAUAUGCGAAUUGUGGUGCGUGAGCAUGAGCGCGGGCUCAGUUCGGCGGUGCUGCGUGGGUUUCAAGAGGCCGAACAUCCCGUGCUCGUUGUCAUGGACGCCGAUCUUUCGCACCCGCCAGAGUCUCUCGCAGAACUCGUCGAGCCGAUCAUUCAGGGCGUCAGCGAUUUUACUAUCGGCUCACGCUAUGCCGAUGGUGGCUCGAUUAAGGACUGGCCGCUGCUGCGUCGAUUGAUCAGUGCAGGCGCCACGAUGCUUGCACGACCACUGGUGAGCGUCAGUGACCCAAUGAGCGGGUUUAUUGCCCUGCGUCGUCGCAUGUGGCUCGGCGCCCAGAAUGUCAACCCAAUGGGUUUCAAGAUUGGCCUCGAGCUGAUGAUUAAGAGCCAUGCUCAGCGCAUCCAAGAAAUUCCCAUCAGCUUCACCGAUCGCGUGCGCGGUCAAUCCAAGCUCAAGCUGAAAACCCAAGUCCAGUACGUGCUUCACCUGAUGUCGCUCUACUGGUACGUCUACCCCAUGCUGUUCACCGGCACGGUGCUUGCCACUUUGGGCAUCUGUGUGUUGGUUGCGCGGGCCAUUGUUCGGCGCUCGCGACGAGGCUUCUUUGGCGGGUCCAGCGUCCUGCCUCAGUACCGCACAGCGCAUCCUGCUGGUGCGCAUUCGCAGUUUGGGAACGGCAGCAACGAUCGCUACCAUGUUGAUGCGCAUUCGUUCGGGCUUCCCUCCAAGUCAGGCUUUGGAGAGUUGCGAUGAAGGCUCGGAUGGCUGUUCUGUGAGAUUGUUUGGUUGUUUUUUUCAAAAGAAUUUACGCUCGUGUAUUUGCUCUUGUGUUUUAUUAUCCUUGUAUCUAUG